AUGCCUCCCAAAAAGAGACCUCGCGGUGACUGCCCUCCAACCUCGACCAUUAUGAGCCCUGAAACGCGACAAAUUGAUCCCGACGGAGAUGUCGUCCUGUACACACCAGGCCAUCAGUUUUCCAAUUAUACAAACUCUGGCGAUGAUGCAUCUUUCCUUGUCUCAUCAAAGCAUCUCAAAUUAGCUUCGCCAUAUUUCAAGUCUUUGUUGACCGAACGUUGGCCCGAAGGAAGGGCCUUAGCAGCCGGGAUGACGGAAAUCCCCGUUGUGGACUGCAAGCCGGAUACACUCCUUAUAAUCCUGUACCUCAUUCAUGUUCGGACAUUAUCUCCCUCUCUACAAGAGAUUCUUGAUGUCUCCGUGGCCACAGAUUACUUUCAAUGCCAUGAAGUUGUCGAACUAAGCGCUAUGAGAUGGAUGGAGAAUCUCAAGCCAACUAUCCCAUCCCAGCUGUCAGAGGAGACUACAAAAUGGAUCGCUAUUUCAUGGAUUUUCAAAGUUGAUGAUAUCCUGGAGCGCACUACCAAAACUGCCAUGGAGAAAGGAAUAGGCCCCUUCAAGACCCAAAAUCUAUCAAUUCCGGCAUUUAUCAGAGAGUCACACGUUGAGAAUUUAUCGAUGACUGCGAGUUAUUGCCACCCGAAAUGUGAUGCAGAGUGUUUGGGCCUCCUUCUCAAACAACUAAAAGCCCACAGAUUAACUUUUCGGCUGCUUCAUCUCACGUUACCUGACUCAACAUUAAUCCCAUUCCAGGGCAUAAGCCCUUCUGGUAUCAGCGCAAUGGUCGUGGACUUCAAUCAGGACAUUCAGUGCGAAGGUUUUUCAAAGCGUACCUGCAUUCACAGCUUCAGUCCUUGGGGCAAUGAUGCUAUGAAGCAUGCAAAGAAUCUACACAACUACUUGCAAGGUUUCAAGUCAUCUGAAUCACCAACACUCUCCAUCACCAUGGAAUCUUGA